AUGGCGCCUAUACAUCGAAUAUUCUCAUCGGCUAAUAACAAGCCCUAUCGAACUAAGCAACUUGAAGAAGAAAAUCCCCCAUACUUGAACGAGGAUGGCUACGUCGACUUUGCACCGGGCGACAUUCAAAAUCCACAGAAUUGGUCUUCAGCUCGGCGCUGGUCUGUGACGUUCUCAGCUGUGCUGCUCGUACUGAAUGCUACUUUUGCAUCGAGUUCACCAAGCGGAUGCUUCCCAUCUAUCUCGGAGCACUUUCAUGUAUCCGAGUUAGUAGCAGGCUUGACCAUCACCCUGUUUCUAUUGGGUUACUGUGCCGGGCCACUCAUCUUCGCACCAUUAAGUGAACUCUACGGAAGAAGAUGGAUCUUCUACAUCACAUUUACGCUAUAUCUCAUCUUUAACUUUCUGUGUGCCUGGGCACCUAACUUCGGCGCCCUCCUUGUCGGCCGUUUCCUCACAGGAACAUUUGUCUCUGCGCCCCUCAGCAAUGCACCUGGUGUACUAGCAGACCUGUGGACCCCAAUCGAGCGUGGCAAUGCUAUGGCGGGAUUCUCUGCUAUGGUAUGGGUUGGGCCAGCAUUAGGUCCCGUUAUCGCCGGGUUCCUCGAGCUCAAGAAGGACUGGCGUUGGAGUUUCUAUGUCCUCCUCUGGCUUGGUGGUGCAACAGCUCUCAUCAUGUUGACUAUUCCCGAGACACAUGCUCCCACACUUCUCCUCAAGAAAGCUCGAAGAAUACGAAAAGCAAAGAUUCCUGGUUAUGAAAAUGUCAAAGCUCGUUCUGAAGAGGGUGAUCGUACACUGAAGACUGUGUAUCGUAUCGCCUUGACCAGACCGUGGAUUAUCCUCUUUGACACUAUAUCAUUUCUCUGUGCAAUCUACAUCAUCUAUCCAAUUGUGUUUCAGCAGCAUCGUGGCUGGAACCCCGGUGUGGGAGAGCUGCCGUUGAUUGGAACUGUUAUUGGUGCAUUCAUCGGUGGUGGCAUAGUUUUGAUCGAUACGCGAAUUCGAAAGAAAAAGACCGAGCAUGGGGGCAAACAAAUGGAGCCCGAAGAUAGAUUGCCAUUGGCAAUGAUUGGAGGAGUUGGAUUUGCCGUGACCAUGUUCUGGUUUGCAUGGACGGCUGAGUACAACUCUAUCCAUUGGAUCGUACCGACACUGGCGGGAACUUUUCUAGCAACAUCUUUAAUGCUUAUCUUCGUAGCGUUCCUGACGUAUCUCGUCGAUGUUUAUCUCAUGUAUGCGGCAUCUGCUAUUGCAGCCAAUACCAUUGCUCGAUCAGCGUGUGGAGCUGCUGCUCCGUUAUUCACUACACAAAUGUUCAAUACACUUGGAGUUGGAGGCGGUGGAAGUCUAAUCGGAGGUGUUGCCACGGUUCUAGCCAUUAUCCCGUUUCUGUUCUACAGAUAUGGUAAACAGAUUCGAAUCAGAAGCAAGUUUGCGCCUACAGAGGAAAAGAGAGAAGCUAGAGAGAAGGAUGAGGAACAGGCUGACAGCAAUCUCACUGCUCGGAGGAAUAGUGUUUUGCCUCAUUCAGAUGGCCCGAGUAGCUCGGAUACCACAGUGGCCGCCGCAUGA